AUGUUCUUGCUCCUCCAACGCGAAAAGCGCAGAUUCAGCAAGCCGAAGCUCAUGUACAAACUGCCGGACGAGGUGGCUAAGGAAGAUUUCACCUUCUCGCCCCCACCGCCGGUACGAACGACGACAGACUUCUCCUCGGUACGAUCAUCGCAGACGUCUCGCGCAACGGUUGGGAGCGCAGUAGCCAGCAGGAGAGGAAGCGGAGGCACCAUGGGGACGCUGACGGUCGGCGCACCGCAGUCAUUUAUGGAGAGAUACGCGACGAUGAGGAACAAUUCGCAGGCGCAGAUGAAGAGCAAGGAGACGGUGGCGGUGUCGCCGCGGCAUGAGCUCGAGUCACCUUCGAGAGAGCCCGCGCGGUAUGAGCUUUCGAAUAGCCGGAUGUCGAACAGCUCGAGAUGA